ACCACUUCUGACCUUUUCUGUUUAUGUGGUACUGAGGAAUCAAAUCCAGAGCUUCGUGCAUGCUAGGCGAGCUCUCUACCACUAAGCCACUUUCCCAGCCCAUGUUUCCUGGUCUUUUAAUAGAUAAUUCUCCUGUUGGCCCUGGGAAGAAACUCAAGAAGAGGCUUUGGCAAGUAAAGAUUAAAUGGGGCUUGACCUGUGCUGUGCAGCCCUUAGCUAUUGGCCCUCCCUGGCUGAGAAUAGAAGGGACUGCAGAAUCGAGAGCCACCAUGGCCCUAGCCCCGUGGGGCCCAGUGAAGGUGAAAAAAGAAGAGGAAGAGGAUGAAAAUAUCCUAAAUCAGGCAGCCAGCAAACACGUCUGGGUCCCCGGAGCUGGCUCUCGGACAGACCCGGAUGUAUCAGAAGAGGAGCAGAAGGUUCAGAGCUCGUUCUGGGACCUUGGAGUCGUCCUAAGAACAACACAGGAGGCGCCUGGCAGCCGCUCAUUGCCGGGGACCCUGGCCAAGAGCGAGCUCCUGAAGACUCACAGGAGCCUGACUCCUCUAGAUGCUGAAACCAAGACCCUACAUUUACUUGUUCCAAAACCUGAGCCAUUUCAUGAAGGUGAAAAACACCCCAUACAACCAGGAAGAAAGCAGAAAGCUGGCUCUCAGGGACCUGAGUUAAGAGAAAUCUGUGAAAAAGGAACCUUGCUAAAGAGGCAGAGAAGAAAGCGGGAGAAGAAAGAUUUCCGGAAAGUAACAAUACAAGACUAUCACUUUUCUGGGAGCUUUAAAGAAGAGGAAGGCCAGAAACGAAAGAAAUCAAAGGGGAAAUACAGCCUUAGUUCUGGCCCUGUGAAAAAUAAAAACAUACAGCCUGGAUUAAAGCCUUUCACCUGCAGCGUGUGUGGCAAAAGCUUUAGUCAGAGUGCUAAUCUUGUUGUGCACCAGAGAAUCCACACGGGAGAGAAACCCUUUGAGUGUCACGAGUGUGGAAAGGCCUUCAUUCAGAGUGCAAACCUCGUGGUGCAUCAGAGAAUUCACACGGGCCAGCGGCCCUACGUGUGCGCUAAAUGUGGCAAAGCCUUCACGCAGAGUUCAAAUCUGACGGUGCACCAGAAAAUCCACUCACUCGAGAAAACCUUUAAGUGCAACGACUGUGACAAAGCCUUCAGUUACAGCUCCCAACUUGCCCGGCACCAAAAAGUGCACAUCACGGAGAAAUGCUACGAGUGCAAUGAGUGUGGCAAAACCUUCACCCGCAGCUCCAACCUCAUUGUCCACCAGCGGAUCCACACGGGGGAAAAGCCCUUCGCCUGUAACGACUGUGGCAAAGCCUUCACGCAGAGCGCCAACCUGAUUGUGCACCAGCGAAGCCACACGGGCGAGAAGCCGUACGAGUGCAAGGAGUGUGGCAAAGCCUUCAGCUGCUUUUCGCACCUGAUUGUGCACCAGCGGAUCCACACUGCCGAGAAGCCGUACGAUUGCAGUGAGUGUGGGAAAGCCUUCAGCCAGCUGUCCUGCCUCAUCGUCCACCAAAGGAUCCACAGCGGAGACCUUCCCUACGUGUGCGGCGAGUGCGGGAAGGCCUUCACCUGCAGCUCCUACCUGCUCAUCCACCAGCGGAUCCACAACGGGGAGAAGCCUUACUCGUGCCACGAGUGCGGGAAGGCCUUCCGGCAGAGGUCCAGCCUCACCGUGCACCAGCGAACCCACACCGGCGAGAAACCCUACUCCUGUGCCAAGUGUGGCGCGGCCUUCAUCUCGAACUCCCACCUCAUGCGACACCACCGGACCCACCUCGUUGAAUAAUGAGAAGGACAUCCAGCCAUUUGACCUCGCCUUCCCCUCUCUCCCCACCAUGGAACACAGAUGCGAUUUUGUUUCUUCUUUCUCCUAAAAGAUGAUCCACACCCUUUCCAGUAAGUUUUUAGGAAGGCAGGAGAGCCAGGCCCUGGUGGCUCACACC